GACGCCACCAACGUCGGUGAUGAGGGUGGAUUCGCCCCCAAUAUUCAAGACAUGGAUGAGGCCCUCUCCGUCCUCUUAGAGGCCAUCAAGAAGUCUGGCCAUGAGGAUACCUGCCGUAUUGGUUGCGAUUUCGCUGCCUCUGAGAUCUAUGAUGCCAAGACUGGCAAGUAUGACCUCGACUUCAAGAACCCCGAGCCUCAUGCCGAUGCCGAGCUGACCGGUGAUGAGUUCAUCAAGUACCAGGAGGAUCUUAUGAACAAGUAUCCUUUCGUCUUCAUUGAGGAUCCCUUCGAUGAGAACGAUUGGGCGACCUUCGCCAAGUUCACCGCCAAGGACGGUAAGGAGAUCCAGAUUGUCGGUGAUGAUCUUCUUGUUACCAACCCCAAGCGUAUCCAAAAGGGUAUCAACGAGAAGUCUGUGAACGCCCUUCUUCUCAAGGUUAACCAGAUAGGUUCAAUCACCGAGUCUAUCGAGGCCAACAAUAUGGCCGUUAACGCCGGCUGGACCGUCAUGGUUUCCCAUCGUUCCGGUGAGACUGAGGAUACCUUCAUCGCCGAUCUUGUCACUGGUCUUGGCACUUGCCAAAUCAAGACUGGUGCCCCCUGCCGUACUGAGCGUCUUUGCAAGUACAACCAGCUUAUGCGUAUUGAGGAGGAGCUCGGUGAUAAGGCCACCUACGCUGCUGGCCGCAACUUCCCUCGUUGCCAGUAA